AUGAACGUAUUCUUCUUGGUGCGACUUCUCGGGUUUCUCAUGAUAGUGAUUGGUACCGCACUGUUCUGCUAUAUCCCGGUCAGGCGAGUGAUGAAUUACAAGAAAGAUCUGCAGCAGCUCACUGGAAGGUCGAUACGAUACGAGGAUUUGAUUGUUUAUGCGCUUGGGCAAACGAAAUGUAGGUAUGUUUCCUGGACUCCCUGGACCGGUUGCAAGGGUCAACGGGAACAGAGUCGCCGACGGCAGCUACUCUAUGCCCGAUGUGAAACGGUGUAUGAGCGGAUAUCCUGUAGCUGCGCGAAGAAUUUGCAGCGGCGAAUCCAGCGACUGGACAAGAAUUCGUACAGCGAUCACGGAUGUAUUCCGGGCAGCGAUCGACGAUUGCGUAUGCUAUCGGUGAAUGCAUCUUUCGUUAACGUCACAAUUGGCGAUACUCAGGAGCUACCUGCGGUGGUAUUCGGGCGUUGCUAG